GUAUAGAUAUGUAAUUAUCAAACAUACGUAAACCAAUCUCUGACGUCUACACUCUCGACCACCGAGAGACAGCAUGAAUAUGUCCACCGUCUGCCACCACCAACCUCAUCCGUCAUCGCCGGUUAACUUCAUUUCUAAUUCCAAAGCUUUUACACUUCCUAGAAACUCGAUUCAUCCGAUUAUUGCCAAGAACAUCGUUCCUUGUGAUCAUCUAUCGAAAUCACAGCGAUCAAUUCACACUAAUUCCGUAAUUGCAUGCUCUUAUGGAGGAAACAGAGAGGCGUACGACACAACUGCAGAGUCUUCCCCGGCGAAGAAGCUCCGGCAACUACUUGAUUCUCCUGGAAUUCACCAGGGGCCUGCUUGUUUCAAUGCUCUCAGUGCGAAGCUUGUAGAAAGAGCUGGUUUUCAAUUCUGCUUCACGACUGGUUUUGGAAUAUCGGCUGCUCGAUUAGGUUUGCCAGACACUGGACUAAUUUCUUAUGGAGAAAUGGUGGAUGAAGGAAAACAAAUUACUGAAGCUGUGUCCAUUCCCGUGAUAGGUGAUGGGGAUAAUGGAUAUGGAAAUGCCAUGAAUGUGAAGAGAACUAUUAAGGGAUAUAUUAAAGCAGGAUUUGCAGGAAUACUUCUUGAAGACCAGGUGUCUCCAAAAGCUUGUGGUCAUACACAAGGCAGGAAAGUGGUAUCUAGAGAGGAAGCUGUGAUGAAGAUAAAAGCAGCAGUUGAUGCUCGGAAAGAAAGUGGCUCCGAUAUCAUUAUUGUAGCCAGAACAGAUUCUCGUCAAGCGUUGUCCAUAGAAGAAGCACUCUGGAGAUCACUGGCUUUUGCGGAUGCUGGAGCUGAUGUCCUUUUUAUCGAUGCACUUGCUUCAAGAGAAGAGAUGAAAGCAUUCUGUGAAAUCUCGCCUCAAGUUCCUAAAAUGGCCAAUAUGCUUGAAGGUGGAGGCAAAACACCAAUACUCACUCCUCUAGAACUAGAGGAUAUUGGAUAUAAACUUAUAGCCUAUCCUCUUUCCUUGAUGGCCGUAUCUAUCCGGGCAAUGGAGGAUGCAUUGGUAGCCAUUAAGGGAGGGCGUGUGCCUUCUCCCGGAAGCAUGCCAUCAUUUGAAGAAGUUAAAGAUAUCCUGGGUUUCAACACCUAUUACGAAGAAGAAAAACGUUAUUCUACUAAAAGCAGUCGAUUUGUAUGGCAAACAGGUAGCAGCAACCCUUACAGUAUCCAACGUAAGGGUCAAGAUAAUACAGAGCAAACAGGUCAAGGUCCAACCGAGCCUGUUGUUGAACUGGUAAAUCCAGAUACAUACGAUACAAAGAAUCCUUUCUCAGGAAUCUGGUCUCAUACGUUGAGAGUCAAAAUCAUUGGGCGGGAUGGCUUUGAAAAACUUGAUGUCCGAAUUCCUGCCGGUUUUCUGGAUGGCAUCACAAAUAUCGUCCCAGCUUUGGGAGGUGUAAACAUCAAGGAGCUGUUAGAUAAUGCAUCAUUUGAAGUCGGAGGAAAGCUCUUGCUAGAUUUUAACGACUCAAUGGGCGACAGGAUUCAAGUCUUUCUGGAGUAAAAUCCGUUUUCAUUAUACUUCGCAGAAAAACCCACCUUCUUUCAUCUUAUAUUACAAUCACAAUUUCCCAUUAUUCUGAUCGGAUUAUAUACUUGUGUUCUUGCUUUGCAACUGGUCAAAUUCUUAAGUCUUAUUUCAGGUGCAAUUGUACAAAUUUAUAGAACUGAAAAAUACAAAUAUACACGAAGGACAUGAAUAUUGAAG